UUUCAUUUCAUUUUUGGAUCGUCUUCUUCCCUCCGUUUUAGUUAAAUCUCUCUCGUCGGCAACAGAUUUCACCCUCAAAAAAGAAAAAGGGAAACAAGAACUCAGGAGUCUGUCCAGGAGAAGGGAGGGAGCAUUGUACGGAAAGUGGGAUCUUUUCUGAAAAUGGCAAGUUACUAUGACAUUGAUGAUAUUCUUGUGGAGGAACAGCGUGUCCCAGUUGUUUUCCAGCAAGCAGUAAAUGGGGUUGAUAUUGAUCCUAGUGCUGAGACCCAUUGUGUUGAACCCGGUUCAAAGGUAGAACUGCCUUACUGGCUUGCCCAUGAGUUACACCUCAGAAAAUUAGCAAAGAUGAAGGUUCCUGCAUGUUUCAAUCAAAGAACAAAACUGGAACUUGGGGCUGAUGGUGCAUCUGUGGAUUUAAGAUCUCGAUGUCUAUACUUCUAUGAAUUUGGAUGCAAGAUAGCACCGCUGGUUGGUGAUAGAGACAUGGGAUCAUUCCUAUUAUCUGCAUUUAGGACCAGGUAUCAGAAAAUCCUGGCCAAGGCACAUAACGCAGCAUUUACAGCACAUUCAAAAUUGCUGUCGUACUUAACAAAAGAAGAAACCAAUCUGUAUGAGGCAGCUCAGUCGUCAAUGGCGGCCUUUAAGAAGUGGCGGAUAGGCGGCCCCCGAUUCGAGAGAGCUUCUGUACUUGGGAGGAAGAGGAAGGAAGCCAGCUGAUUAGUUGUGGUUUGACCAGCUUGAGCUUGUGGGUGUUUUGGUGGAGGACCCGACCGUAAUCUGAAUCACAUAGGUGUCAAAAAAAAUUUUUUUGCACACCCCUGUAAAAAAAUCCUAAACCCGUUAUUGGUGAUCGUGGCUCGGUUUAGGCACCAAAAACCCUCCUCUUCCAAUUCUUCUCCUUGUCGAUGUCGUUAUGACGUGUUCUUGAGUUUCAGGGGCAAAGACACUCGAAAGACUUUCACAGACCAUCUCUACGCAGCCUUUGUGGAGAAAGGCUUUCCCACGUUCCGAGACAAAGAAGAAGUUGAGAGGGGAGAAGGUAUAAAGCCAGAAUUGCAGAAAGCCAUCCAACAGUCGCGAAGCUCAGUCAUUGUUUUUUCAAAAGACUACGCGUCUUCCGGAUGGUUCCUUGACGAGCUUGUCUUCAUCCUCGAACACAAGAGGAUCUCCUCAGAACAUGUAGUUUUACCAGUCUUCUACGACGUCGAUCCUUCCCACUUGAGGAACCAGACAGGAAGGGUUGGAGAAGCAUUUUCUAGGCACGAAGAAAAUUAGCAAUCACCCCACAAGAUCAAACAAUGGAAGGUAGCACUUAGAGAAGUUGCAGAUCUAUCAGUGAUGGUCUUAAAAAAUCAAGCUAAUGGGUAACUUCAUUCCAACUGCCUCUUUGAUUUUUUUGAUAACUUUAACUAGCUAUAGCUUUUCUUAUCAGGGGUGGUCUUAAAAACUAAGCUAAUGGGUGAAUGAGACUGUACUUUUUAAGUAUUUGAUAUCAUGACAUGUUAUUUAAAUGUUAUUUAUUUUUCAUUUUUAAUUGCAAUUAUUAGGUACGAGUCAAAGUUUGUCAACCAAAUUAUUAAAGUGAUUGACGACAAACUAAGUCGCAUGCGCACACCCUUUACUGUUGCACCCUACCCGACUGGAAUGGAUUCUCGAGUUGAAUUUAUUAAUUCAUGGUUACAGGAUGGAUCAACCGAUGUUCGUAUACUUUUAAUUAAUGGGGUUGGGGGAA